GCCUGAUAGAGUUCCCAGAGUUAACUUGGUUGGCCAGAUGGGAGAUGUGAGUUUGGUUUACGCUUAUGUAAGGCGAACCGGAAAGAUGAGACCAGGGGCCGGGCGUCGGAGGUUCAAGAUGGCAGAAGCCCGAAACGGCCGAGUGCUUUGGGGGCCGUGGGGGGCCUGGGAACUGGAGGCUGGAGCGAGCAUAUGAUCCACUUUCUUUCUCAUCUCACCUGCAUCCCCGUCAGUCACAUUUCACUUCAGUCGCACCACGCACGCUGUGUGAGGAGGUCUCUGGAAGAAACAUCCUUCACUUCACUCUACAGUCCUCACGCAAGGCCGUAUCUGUCGUUCGCUACCUCGUCCGUUCUCUGGAUUCACAUUCACUCGCCACACGCCACUCCCCUUCCUUGCUUGUCGGGUAUUUCUUUAGCGCGCCAGCAACACGGGUAGAGUCAGACCAUGUAUCAGCCGUACGCAGUCAACGAGGCGCCGCGGGAACGGCCAAAGAUCCUCUGCCUGCACGGUGGUGGCUCCUCAGCAGGCAUCUUUCAGAUACAACUCAUCAGGUUAUCGCGUGUCCUCGAGCCGCGCUUCGAAUUCGUCUACCUCGACGGGCCGAUCGAGACGGAGGCCGGGCCGGGCGUGCUCCCCGUAUUCGAAGGGUGCGGGCCGUACCGACGAUGGGUCAGCGACGAUCCCUCCAUCCCCGCCGAGGAGUUCCAGCAGCAAAAGGACACGGCGAUGGAGAUGCUCAAGGUGUACAUGCAGCAGACGGGGCCCUACGUCGGGGUGCUGGGGUUCUCGCAGGGCGCGCGCGCGGCGUCGAGUCUGUUGAUUGAGCAGCAGCGGCAGCCGUUUGUGCCGUACAACUUCUUUGGGGUGUUUCUGUGCGGGACGUAUCCGCCUUUUGUGCCUGACGAUGUGCUGAUUCGGUUGCCGACUGUUCAUGUGGUGGGCUUGUUUGAUCCGUGGAAGCCGGCGAGCGAGAUGUUGAUUGAGCAGUGUUCUGAGCGGAGUACGCGCAAGGUUGUGAGGUAUCCGGGGGGCCAUCACCUGCCGAACGCGCCGGAAGCUAUUCAGAAUAUUGCGAACAUGGUGAUUGAUUUGUGGAAGGAAACCACGGGGGCGACGGCGUGAUGGACGAUGGGAGAGCAUUAUCAUCAGCGAGAAAUCCGGAGAGACUCACGACCUAGUCUGACCACACGAGGGAGACGGGCAUAGUGCAACCAUUCGCGGGGGGUCAAGGCUGUGGGAUGAGACGGCCAGCAUUGGCGUGAUGAGGAGGACAAGCGUCGCUUACUUCGUCUGUCUCUUCACCAUUUCUCUCAGUCAUGAUUGUGGGGAAAUAUGAAAGAUGAGGAAGAUGACGAUGGAGAAACCAGAGAGCAAGCCAAUGGGGACACGAGAGGCUCUUCGUGGUCAGUCAAGUGGCUUGGUGAAUGGCGGGGAAUCUUGGGUCAAGACGAUGACGGGUGAGAGUGAGACAUCAUCAGCGUCGGGGUGGUCUUGUUUGGAGACUUUAUAUGAAACAGAAAUUUGACCGAAAACGAACGAACUUGAUGAGGUUGGUCACUCAUACACUCACGCUAUCGCCCGUUCACUCACAAUGAUAGUGAAGAUUCUGAGCUGUUUUCGAACCACAAAAUCGAGUGUGAGAUGACACAUGAUCGGGUAUCAUUAGGUGUACAACCGAG